AUGACGACCGUGUCGACGCAUCACCCGACGCCGCCCAUGUACGCUGUGCCCGAGCCCGCGCCGGUGUUUGCGCUGCCGAUUUCGCCCCGCAGCAGCUCGAGCAACACGAGUUUGCCUCGCACGAGCGCGAUGAGUGGCUACGAGGUGGCGACGAACCCGCUCGUGAAUUUUGUCGCGCGCGCGUCGGUCGAGACGGACACGGCGCCGUACCGCCAGACGAUCGCACAAAAGUUCAACCACUUGGAGAAUUUCAACGAAGGCGUCGGGAGCGACUCGGAGAGCGACUCGUCGAGCUUCCACCGGCAGCGCACGUCGACCGACGGCAGCUUCAACAUGAGCGACGGCUCCAACGACAGCUUUGUCAUCACCCGCACCGAAGACGACCGAAAGGACAAUGGCACCGCUUGCUCGGAGCACGCGCUCUACUCGCUCUAA